UUCAACAUUGAAAAAACACUGAAAAUAAAGAGCAACAACUUAGAGUGGGAACUGAUGGAGAGUGAAGCACCUUCACUUCUGCGCCGUGCUCGCGGCGGAUGGAUCACAUUUCCUUUCUUCAUAGCAACGGGUGGUUUGUUGGCACUGUCAUCUGGAUUAAGCGUCAACCUUAUUACAUUCUUGAAAGAUGAGUUCCACUUUGAAGAUGCAUCUGCUGCUAAAAUCACCAACUAUGUCAAUGGAACCUUGGCUUUCAUCCCUAUCUUUGCUGCAAUCAUUGCUGAUUCAUUUGCUGGCUGCUUUUCUGUCAUCUGCUUCUCCUCCUUCAUCUCUUUGCUGGUAUGUUUCAAUUUUUUAUUUCUCUCUCCUUUUUUCAUAAAUCAUAAAAAAAGGAAGAGAUCAACAUUUUCAAGAAUUAUGCAGGGGGUAGUGCUGUUGCUUCUAUCUGCAACUGUGAGCCAUUUGAGGCCUCCUAGUUGUGAAAAGGGUUCCAUUUUCUGCAAGCAUCCAACGCCUCUUCAAGCCGGCCUUCUGUACCUCAGCUUGGCUCUUCUCUCUGUGGGAGACGGAGGCACGCGCUUCACUCUUGCAUCCAUGGGAGCAGAUCAGCUAGACACCACAAAACAUCAGGGGAUAUUCUUCAAUUGGUACCUUUUCACACUCUAUGUGGCAAACUUUGUGAGCGUAACGGUCAUGGUAUACGUGGAGGAACACCUAGGCUGGGGCUGGGGUUUCACCAUCUUCACCAUGGCCAAUCUGAUUGGUUUGGUGGUCUUCCUCUGUGGCACGAAAUUUUAUCGCUUUGUCAAGCCCACUGGCAGCCCUUUCAAGAGCUUGGCUUGUGUCAUCGUUGCCGCCAUCAAGAAAAGGAAGAUGUCUCUCUCACCACAAACUGGAGAUUAUCAUCAUGAUGGAGAUGGUUUCAACUCUCCCACGCCAUUUUUCAAGUUCUUGAACAGUGCAGCGGUCAAGAGUGAAGAAGAGUCUAGUUCAAAGAUAGUGAAUCCAUGGAAAUUAUGCACAGUGCAACAAGUUGAAGAUCUGAAAAGGCUAAUCAAGAUUGUGCCAAUAUGGAUUAGUGGUUUGAUACUGUGUAUACCUAUAGCAGUGCUGAUGAGUUUCAUGAUCAUACAAGGCAAAACCAUGGACAAUCGUCUCAACUCUCAUUUCAAAAUCCCAGUUGCUUCAAUCCAUUUGUGUUCGCUCAUCGGAACCUGUGUCACGAUACCGUUGUUAGACCGCCUUGUAUUCCCGCUCUGGGUAAAGCUCGCUCCCGCUAGGCCUCCCACGCACCUGCAACGCAUUGGGAUUGGCCACAUCAUCACUAUAGUCAGCAACAUUGUUGCGGCACUUGUGGAGGCAAAGAGACUAAGGGAGGCGAGAUCGCGUGAUCUCAGAGUGGUUCCUAUGUCGUUGUUGUGGCUGGCGCCACAGCUAGCCAUUGUAGGAGUGUCGGAAGGGUUCCAUUUUGCCGGACAAGUUGCAUUCUGUUACCAAGAAUUCCCAGCUUCGUUCAAGACCACUGCAACUGCUGUCGUUGCUUUGACUGUCGCAGGGGGCUACUAUUCGAGCAAUCUUGUCAUCGAUAUUGUCCAGAGUGCCACGGAAUGGUUGCCCAACAAUAUAAACAACGGGAGACUGGACAAUGUGUAUUGGUUGUGCAGUGGGAUAGGAGCAUUGAAUCUGGUGUUCUAUCUUGUGUGCGCAUCUUCCUACAAGUAUCAUAAAUCUUAAAAUUGUUAGGGUUGGUUGAUCUGAGUCAUGUUGUAAUAAAAUAUUCAAACAUGUAUUGAUUUUGUUGCAUUAUUGGUGUAAUGGAUUGGUUGAUCUCAAUAAUUCAAA